UGGUUGCCUCUACUUUAAUGUACCAUGAUGUGAUUUGCAUUUAGACUCUAUUUAUGCCUAAAUAUUUUGGGUGAUUUAUUUUACCCAGUGGUUCCUUUGUUCUGUUCUCUCACGAGUUGUAGGCUGAUUUCCAAGUUGAUCAUAAUGUGUACGAAUAUGUGUUUGAGAUUGUGCCCUGAGAUGGGUUGGCAGCCCAUCCAGUGUAUCCCCUGCCUCGUGCUCCAGGCUCCCUGUGACCCUGCGUAGUAUAUACGGUAUGGAAAAUGGGUGGAUGGAUGGAUAUUCUGAUCAUAUGUAAUAUAACAAAAACACUCUUUCUUUCCCAGUUACUUCUUCUAAAUCAUGUCGUCCAAGGACGGAGAAAGUUACAUAUAUGAAUUUUGUGAUGAAGAUCAUCCAUCAGAAACACUGGGUGCUCUUAGGGAGUUCUACGCUUGUGGCCUGUUCGCUGACAUCACACUCCAGUGUUGUACAGGACAGAUGUUUCACUGUCACAAGGCCUUGCUGUCGGCCCGUAGCACCUACUUUAAAGUCAUGUUCACCUCUGACAUGAGGGAACGUUCAAAUGUCAUCAUCAAUCUGCCUGGAAUAGAUGGUGAGAUUCUGAGUGCCCUGGUCAACUAUGUUUAUACGUCCAAAGUGAGCAUCACACAAGCUAAUGUGCAAAGCCUUCUGGAGGCAGCUGACCUCCUUCAGUUCAGCUCAGUAAAGGCGGCCUGUGAGGAGUUCAUGAUGCGUUUUUUGGAUGUUGAUAACUGCCUUGGGAUGCAUACUUUUGCUGAGUUUCAUGUCUGCCCCGUGCUGGAGCGUGAGGCACUUAGGAUUAUCCUUAGCAGAUUUGAGGAGCUGAUAUGUCAAGAGGAGUUCUGGGGACUUGACUUCAAAAAGCUUGUCACAAUUCUGUCUGCUGAGAACAUUAAUGUGUGGAAGGAGGAGACACUUUUAGACGCAGUUGUGAAGUGGGUGACCUUUGACAUAGAUUCUCGCAAAGCUAACAUUCUGGAUCUAUUGCACUGCAUUCAGCUCGAGGUGGAUGACGUGUAUCUCAGAACGGCUUUGGACGUGCACAAACAAUGUAAUGAACACAAGAUACGAUCUAUCAUCAGUCAGUCUGUGAAAUCUAGUGGAAUAUCUGCAACUUGUAAGAAUCUCGCAUCAAGAAUGUAUAUCAUAGGUGGAUAUUAUUGGCACCCGUUGUCAGAAAUUCACAUAUGGGAACCCAUUUGCAACACAUGGGUCCAAGGGAAGGACAUGCCUGACUACACAAGAGAGAGUUAUAGUGUUUCACUUCUGGGUUCCAAAAUCUAUGUGACAGGAGGAUACAGGACAGAGACAGUGGACGCACUGGAUACAGUUUGGAUUUACAACAUUGACACAGAUGAGUGGACAGAGGGAUGCUCUAUGAUCACUGCUAGAUAUUACCAUUGCUCUGUGCCCUUACAUGGAUGUAUAUACGUCAUAGGUGGGUACACAGGGGGUGCCCCAACUCAGGAGACCGAAUUCUACGAUCCGUUAAAAAGGAAAUGGUUUCCUGUGGCAGAUAUGAUACAAGGUGUUGGAAAUGCUACUGCAUGUGUAGUGCAAGACAGAAUCUACGUGACCGGAGGUCAUUAUGGACACAGAGGGAGCUGCACCUUUGAAAAAAUACAAACUUACAGAGCUGACAUCAAUGAGUGGAGCAUUACAACAAUAAGUCCCCAUCCAGAGUAUGGACUUUGCUCAGUGUCACUGAACAACAAGCUCUACUUGGUGGGUGGUCAGAGCACCAUCACAGACUGCUACAACCCGGAGAGGGAUGAAUGGACACAGAUAGCCAUGAUGAAAGAGAGACGGAUGGAGUGUGGAGCUGCAGUAAUAAAAGGGUGCAUCUUUGUGACCGGUGGCUAUUCCUACUCCAAGGGCACGUACUUGGAGAGUAUAGAGCGAUACGACCCUGAACUGGACUGCUGGGAAAUAGUAGGGAACCUACCUAGUGCGACUCGCUCACACGGCUGUGUUGGUGUGUUCUGUCUAUAG